AGUCAGUUGCAGCUCGUUUGUUUCAACUACGUUGUACAGCCGCUUAGUCGAUAAAACUAUUCAAUAAGCUGAAAUAAUAUUAUUCAAAUCAGUUAGUCAGUCAGAUAGUGAGUCAGUUAGAUAGUUAGUCAGUCAGUUGGUCAGUUCAAGUCUUUUCUCUAUAAGUGAAUUUUUUCUCAGUGUUCAUGUCAACGAAUCAUUAUUCGACAUACUUGGAAAAUUAAUUAAUUUUGUGAUGAAUAAUUAAUUUUGAAUUAAUUCACUAUAACGGUGAUAAGGUGAUAAUGUUCUGUGAAAGGUGAAAAAGUGAAUGAAUUAUUAAAGAGGUACUCAGGAUAUGAAAGAAGUGUUAUCGAAAUUGAGAUAAAACCAGAAAUUAUCAUUUUAGUUCUGCGAACUAGUUACAAGUCAUAUCUGAAGUUCUAGUGCUGAGUGUUAUUCAAUUACUGUGGAUUUAUAAAAUAAGUGAACAAGUUUUCAAGUCAACAUAAUAUUCUUGUUAUAAACAAGUUCUCAAGUACCUGAAAAGUCUCACAUAGAUUAAUUAAUCAAAUCAAUAAGUCAAGUGGGCGUUCGGUUCUAUGUGGUUUCUAUUGGGUACCGAAUUACCGUUUCUCACUUAUCGGAAUUUGCCGAAAACGAAUCGAAAACGAAACGAACCGAAAAAGUGUGAAACUAGCUUUAUGAUAAUAGGCCUACGAUUUUAUUGAAGGACCAUGAUAGGACGAUUUCAUCGAAACAUUGUGGUUAUGAUUUCUUGGUAGGCCUACUCUAAAAAAUAUUUUCAAGUGCAAUAAUAAAUUGUCUUUUAGCGAAUAUGCCAUCUGGCUCUAAUCGAUUACGUCUUUCAAUGUAUUUCGUCAUGGCCGGCACAAUUAUGUCCCUAACAAUUUGGCUUCUACUGCAAUUCGUUGAAGGCUCCAACAUCCCACCAAUGGAAGAAAGCUCAAAACACCAUCAGCCAUUCAGAGACGAGCUUCUAAUAAUCGACACCGACGCUGGCAUUGAUGAUGCAGUCGCCAUUUUGACAGUUUUGGGUGAUUCAGAAUGGAGUCGAAAAGUGACAGCCAUCACUUGUGUCACUGGUAACACGGCGGUUGAAAAUGUAUCCACAAAUGUUCUCAAAGUUUUAAAGAUUGCUGAUCGACUUGAGAUCCCAGUAUACCGUGGCGCAUCGCAGGGACUAGUUCAUGAAACUAAUACUUCGAACUUCUUCGGUGAAGACGGUAUGGGGGAUGUCAAUUACCCUGAACCUCCCUCCGACUCUUUACUUCAACAAGAGCAUGCAGCGGUGUUCCUGGCUAAUGCAGUUAAACAGAACCCAGGUUCUAUAACUCUUCUCAUGAUGGGACCGAUGACAAAUGUUGCUUUGGCAGUAAGACUGAAUCCAAAAUUUAUGACUCAAAUAGGGCGCAUAGUGUCACUAGCAGGAGCAAUCGCAGGAGGAACCAAAUAUGAUCUGAAGCCAGCUGUUGAGUUCAACAUCUACAAAGACGUGGAAGCCGCAUCUGUGGUUUUGCAAGAAGUGUCAAAAGCCAACAAAAAGCCUCAGUUCUUCACAAUGCUGCCAGCUGAGCCUAUAGUUGACAAUUUUCUCGAAAUGAGCUGGCGGAAAAGCGUGCUAGGCACCCUAGGCAGCUCGUUCGUCGACUUCCUGAACCGCAUCGAGGCCGUUUACCUGGUCGAUGACCUCUGGACGACCUUCGACCUUUACACCGCCGCCGUGCUUAUGCGGGCACCAGAUACCGUCGCCGGCUACCGGGAGGUGCACGUCGCUGUGGAGGUGCAGGGACAGCUCACCCGCGGUCGGGUAGUCGUCGAUGAAUACGGCGUCGGAGGUCAGCCGGCUAACGUGAGGUUGGUCACAGGUUUGCACCGCGACAGCGUCAAGAAAAUACUGAUGAACAAUCUUCACCAUUGAUCACCGUUUUCAAGCAAAGAGAAGACAAUUUAUUAUGUAAAACUAUGUGUAAAAAUAUAUGUUGAAUAAGUAAGACUUGAUAAAAUCAAAGUAUACCUUUUCUAACUUUAUUCUAUUUCUCACAACAUUUUUCGACUUGUGUCGAUAUUUCGAAUUAUGAAUUAUUUGAUAGUUUAAUAAUGGUGUUAUAUUGGAAUUCUAGAAGUUGUUUCUUGUUAUUAAAGGUUGAUGGAGAAUGCAUAAUCCCAAAAAUUAUAUCCUAUCAACACAGACUAAAAUCACAGCCACUUUUAAUAAAUGCCAUAUACCAUAAAUUGGCAACUCUAUGAACGUGCUUGCUCUGGAAUCAGCUUAUAACUGCAGCAUACAUCUGAAUCAUUGGAUUUGUGUUCUAUUACAAAUGGGUGAUGAAUUUUAUUUCUAACA